CGAAUCAAAACCUACCCCCCCAAUGAGCCCUAAUUUCUCUUCACAUUGCACAUUCAUCUUCCACCUCUUCCCAAAUGCAAUUCCUUUUCAGGUACGAAGAUGCUAGUUUGGAAACCGAAAAUUGGGAUCGGUAGUGUUUGAGUUUGUUGAAUGUUAGUUAUAUGGAAACCCUAAAAACCUCUGAAACCCUAGUUGAGGGUUUAGUGGCAUCUAAACAAGAUGGAUUAGGGAAUCCAGUUGAGGGGGGGUCUUUUGAUUUUGUGGAAGAAAAAUGUGUUGAAUCUGUGUCGAAUCCAGUUCCGGAAACUGGUGGCAUUAAGGGUUUUGAGCCGGUGGCGGCACUGGUGGCUUCAGUGACGGAGAUCGGUGGCAGGGUUGAUUCAAGUAGCCAUGGAGAUGUUCCUAUAAAAGGGAUUUCCCUUUUUGUGGAAUUGACCGGCGGAGUGACGAGUGAUGGUUUGCACCAUUCGGAGGAUCGUGUCUCACUAGGAAAUAAAUUGGAUACCGAUGGUUUAGUGAACGGAAAUCAGGGUGAGGUUAUCUUUUGUCAUCAAGAAUGUCGUCCCAAUCUGGGUGAUUUCGUGUGGGCUGUAAUCAAGAACCAAUCAUGGUGGCCUGGAAUCGUUUGUGAUGGUUCUAAUGCACCAAAAGAAGCUUCAAAGACGCAGAAACCUGAAGAUGGUCUUCUGGUUAGAUGUUUUGGUAACGGAAGUUAUGUUAGAUGCCUCCCUUAUCAAUUGAAGCCAUUCGUUGCGUACUUUGAACAGUUUUCGAAGCAAAAUAAGUCCAAAAGCUUUGUUGGUGCGUUAGAGAAGGCUGUAGCUGAGUUUGGUCAUCGUAUAAAGACAGAGUUCACGUGCUCUUGUUUCUCUAAGACGAUGGUGGAGGGUAAGGGUGACGUUGGCAAUCUUUCGGCAACUCGGUUUCAACCUGCAACUUUUGUUGAUUAUAUAAAAGAUCUUGCUAGAGAUAUUUCUAUGUCCACCAAGAUUGAUUAUGCUGUUAACCAGAACUUUUUGUCGGCUUUUUAUCGCUCGUUAGGGCAUUGCCAGAUUGGGUUGCAUCAACUCAAGCCGGCAAGUAUAAAGGCCGAAGAGGAAAAUUGGGUUUUCAAUGGAGAUGCGAACACGGAGAACAAAAAUAUUAGUUUCGUUAUGGGAGAUGAUAUCAAGAAUGAAAAAUCUGAAAAACAUUAUGAAACAAGAGAACGAAGGAAGAGCAGAUUUUUGUCGUAUCCAUAUACAGACGUUAAUGGGGUCAAAAGAUCCGUUUCAGGAGAACGGGGAAUGGAAGAGUCAGGGGUGGAUGUUAAUGGCGGAAUGGAGUUGAACAAAGCUAACGGCCAGCCCGUUAAGAAGCCACGGAAGAAAUGGUGCAGAAAGUCUGUUAGAAAGGAUGAUUUAGCAGGUAAAGGGGUGCCAGCAAAUGUAUGUUCAUCUGAGGUUCUCUCCGAGCUUCAAUCUGCUGCUCAAGAUUGUCUUUUUCCAAUUGAAAGUACGAAAUUUGAUUCAGUUGAACGAUUUAUAGCCGGAUUCAGGAAAUGGGCGUUUAAUGAUUUCACAAAAGAAAUCACGAUUGAUCUAACAGCAGGCCAAGAGAAUGGCAUUGGGAUGGGAAUGGUAAGAACUAUUGAUGUGAAUACAACUGUUGAUAUGGCGGGAAAAGGAACUCGAGGGCGGGCCAAGAAGGUGAGAAAGAAGAACAACAACAAACCCGUCUCAUCACCCAUUUCAGGAACCAAUCCGAGUCGUGGCUCACUGAUUAUCAAUUUCCAGAAUGUUGGUUCUCAAGCUCUUGAAACUCAAGCAAUGCCAAACAAGAACAUGGAGGUGGUAGCAGAUCAAGUGCUUCAAGAUAACGAAGUAAAAGAAGUCAUUUCGGAGUCGAAUGGAAAAUGUACCAUCUUGGAUUUUGGAGAUCUACCCGUGAAGGAACGACCUCCUUGUAAACUAACCCCGAAAAGGAGAAAGAAAAACGUGGCAAGCAAAACUGCUAUGCAUAUCCUGCCAAAUGUGAACGGACACGUGGAUCCGUUUUUAAUCCAUAAUCUUCCUCAAAUGAACAAUCUUGAAGGAUUAAAUCAACCGAAUGUGUUCCAUCUUACAAAUGAAGUUGGGUUAACCCCACCAUGUUCUACCGAAAACCAUGGUGAACCACAGGGUAUGAACCAUGAGCCCAAGAAAAGAGGGAGAAAGAGGAAAACCAUAGAUUUGCAGGCAAAUCCUGGUUCGGCCGUAAUGCCGGAUUUGAACGAAAAUGGUGCUGAGAAGAAAAGAGGAAAGAAGGUCAAGACGAAAGAAACCGGGGUACCAUGUGUAGAUUUGAGUUACAACAAAGUUCAACAGGAUACUGAAGAAGUUACAGGUACUGCUUUUCUCUUGAAGUUCUCAUCAGACCAUCCUUUGCCAUCAAAACAAGAUUUGAAUUCGAUAUUUUGCAAAUUUGGAGCAUUGAACGAAUCCGAGACUCAGGUAUUGGAUGAUAGUCGAAGUGGUCAAGUCGUGUUUCUUGAUUCUUCGAGUGCCGGGGAGGCAUUUUGGGGUUUACAAAAUCAUCACCCUUUUGGACAAGCGCUUGUCAAUUACAGGAUUCAGCAUCUUUCAAGUGCUGAAUCCAAUGUUGGAUUUAGAACCCCCAUCAAGAAUCCGUCUUUAUUGAAACCUCUAGACAGUGUCAGUAUGGGUUCGCAGGCUAUAAGCAGUUCAACUGUUAUACCUGAUUUGAACGGAAAUACUGGUGAAAACAAACUCCUCAAGAAACGCAAAAAGAUAGCAGAAGGCCAUCUACCAUCUACAGAUCUCAGUUAUGGUAAAGUGCAGCAGGGUAAUGGAGAAGCAACAGGUACAGCAAUUCUCUUAAAGUUUUCCCCAAAUCAUCCAUUGCCAUCCAAUCAAGAUUUGAAUUCAGUGUUUUGUAGAUAUGGGACAUUGAAUGAAUUGGAAACCCAGGUUUCACCCCUAACUCUGAGUGGUCAAGUGGUCUUUGUGAACCCUUCUAGUGCGGGGGAAGCGGUUCAGAAUCUGGAAAAGGUUCGACCUUUUGGUGAGACCCUUGUUAGUUUUCGGGUCCAUCAUCUCUAUAACGUUGAACCUGCAAUUGGGUUCAAGAACCCGUUAAACGUUCCCUUGGGGUUAAACAAACAGGCGCCUGAUCUCGGGGUUAUAAAGAAGAAUCUUGAAAUGAUGACGAUGAUGAUGGAGAAGGCUGGCGAUACGCUAUCACCAGAGAUGAGAGCGAAACUCGAGAGCGAAAUUAAAGGUUUGAUGAACAAAGUAAGCACCAUGGAUGGCUCUUCUUCCUCUUCUCUAUGAUGGGUGAUGAUGAUCUGAUGGUUUUUAUGUGGUUUUUGUUCUUUGGUGGGCUUGGAUUUUAAACAAAUGUGGCCCUUUUGUGCUCUGUUUUUCUCUCUUUGUGAUUGUUCAUGGUGUGGAUUUUAACCAAGAAAUCUUUAUUUUCGAUUGCAUUGAGAGGGAAUCGAGUGUUUUGAUGGAUUAUGGUUUUAGAAAGCCAAAUGUAUGUCUUAAUGGAAUCAGCAUGAAUUCAAAAGACUUUCUUCAUGAUUC